CGCCGCGCCUGCGCGAAGAGCCCCACGGCGUCCUGCGUCGUUACUUUUGAAACGAGUGGCGGGGAACUGCGCUGGAAGCCCCUGGUGUCGCUGUCUGCAGGGUGGAAGCGCGUGCCUUCGUCCGUGAGCCUGGCCAUGGCGCUGCAGCUCUCCCGGGAGCAAGGCAUCACCCUGCGCGGGAGCGCCGAAAUCGUGGCCGAGUUCUUCUCAUUUGGCAUCAACAGCAUUUUAUAUCAGCGUGGCAUAUAUCCAUCUGAAACCUUUACUCGAGUGCAGAAAUAUGGACUCACUUUGCUUGUAACCACUGAUCCUGAGCUCAUAAAAUACUUAAAUAAUGUCGUGGAACAACUAAAAGAAUGGUUAUACAAAUGUUCAGUUCAGAAACUGGUGGUAGUCAUCUCAAAUAUUGAAAGUGGUGAGGUCCUUGAAAGAUGGCAGUUUGAUAUUGAGUGUGACAAGACUGCAAAAGAUGACAGUGCACCCAGAGAAAAAUCUCAGAAAGCUAUCCAAGAUGAAAUCCGUUCAGUGAUCAGACAGAUCACAGCUACAGUGACAUUUCUGCCACUGUUGGAAGUCUCUUGUUCAUUUGAUCUCCUAAUUUAUACAGACAAAGAUUUGGUUGUACCUGAAAAAUGGGAAGAGUCGGGACCACAAUUCAUUACCAAUUCUGAGGAAGUUCGUCUUCGUUCAUUUACUACCACAAUUCACAAAGUAAACAGCAUGGUAGCUUACAAAAUUCCUGUCAAUGACUGAGUCUGAGAUAAGGAGAAUAAUGUACUUAAAAUUCUCAAAUGUGGUUUUCCUGGAACCUGAUCAACUAUAGUUGAUAUGUUUUAUUUCAUUGGUUAAUUUUUAGAUGGGGAAGACUUAACAUUAUACUUUACUGAAUCUGCAUAACUGUUCCUUUUUUGGUACCUGUUUGACUUUCCAUAGGAUUGACAAAAGUUACUGCAUACUGUUCAAAAGGGAACUAGCAGAUUACAUCAGUAUUGUUAUGUCAGUUCCUUUGGAGGUGGUAACUGUAGAUGGAAAAACUUUUGCUAUAAAGCUAAAUCCCUUCCUAAAUCAGACUGUUUCAUCAAGCAUCUUGACUCAGAAAAUAGAGAAAUAUUUAAAUAUAAAAUACAGCAAAAGAAAUAUGAAUAUUCAGAAUCUUUGUUUAGGUCUGAAAGUAACUGAUAGUCCAUAGUAAUUAAAUAUUGCUUCUAUUAGGUCCUUUUGCCAUUUAUUUCAUUUGUAUAGUUUCCAUAUUGAAAUUUUUUCCAAUUAUUUGAUUUUAAUUUAUAUAACUUGAACCUGUAAAGCCCUGGAUAUUUCUACUGUUUAAAUUCCAUUCUUAAAAAUGUCUUUUUAUGUUUUAUAAAAUCAAGAUUUAAAUGACAAAUACAAAAUAAAGUUAAAUGUGUAUGUUUUAA